AUGUACAAGGAUGACUCUGACGGUCUAGAGCCGGUGAUUGAUUUGACACAGCCUGACGAGCCUGUUGUAAACCAGAACAACGAUGAUGAGGAAAAAACACCUGCCAAGUUAAAUGUUGACAAGACAGCGAAGCCUACUGAUGAGUGCGGCGCAACACCGGAGAACCCUUGGAUUGUAGGUAAUUCUCCUCGAGCAGAAUCGUCCAACAUUGACAUUUCUGCAAGUUCUAUCGACAGGAUGGUGGGUAAGAGCAAGGGGAAAAAGUCUGCAGCAACCGCAAAAGAAGACGAUGUUAUAUCCGGGAAGCGCCGACGGACUGUUCCCAAGAAAUUUGAAUCCCCCUUUAAACUUGACAAGCCCGGCAAGCGAAGCGCUCGCGCUCUGUUUAGUGACAAUGACAUGGAAGGCUCUGUUAAGGACGAUUUGACACCGGAACUCAUCGAUGCUGCUGUUGCGUUUGUGGAGGCAGCUGCUCGGUCUGAGAAGAAUAUGACAAAAAGAGUUUACUACAAUGAACGUGGCACCUCUGUGACUGUGGAGAGUAUACGACCGAUUAUCGAUGCUUAUCAGACACAUUUGGCUCUGCGCGUUGGUCAUGAUCGGCACCUCUGUCCAGCCUGGAGGUCCAAAUACCUUGUUGAUCGUGCUAAGGCACGAGACAACCCUAAACCGUCGAAAUACAACAUGGAUAGUGCGCUGAGCAGAGCUGGAGCAGUACGUAGGGUUCUGGACGAGUAUACCGUCCGUGAUAAGUCGUUUAUCCCGUUGAACGUCGGCAAUACACACUGGAUCACCGUGGUGAUGCACAACCGCAAGAAAGAAUUCCGAGUUUUUGAUUCGCUCUAUCCUCUCGAGUUCUCUCUCGACACUGUGAAAGCACUGCGACUAGCAAUAGCAAUUGAUAUGGAAGAGGCAAACCGUAUUACACCUGGCAAAUAUCCAGACGUCACUAAGUGGCCUAUCAUACCUCAGAUCGACAUGCCACUACAAGAGGACGGGAACUCUUGUGGCCUUUUUGUGAUUGAAGUUAUGGAGCAUUGGGACGGGGAUCGAUGGACCGCCGAUUUUACCCAGGGCACGGUUAAUGCAAGGAGAAGGCGUCUCAUCGCCGAGUUGGUUCUCUCACCUACCAACACGCUCGAAUGUGUGAAGAACAAAAUCCGCGACAUCGCAAAGAAAAGCAAGGCGUGA